CAACCGCGGUUACCCUUACAUGGGCAAUGUGUUUGCUAUUGAGAAAUCCUCUUACAUUGGAAAAAGCUAAAGAAGAACUUAACACACAUCUUGGGAAAGAGAGAUGUGUUAGUGAAUCAGAUAUAAAUAAACUAGUAUAUCUUCAAGCUAUAGUUAAAGAGACUCUAAGAUUGUAUCCACCAGCCACUAUCUCAUCACCCCGUGAAUUCACAGAGAAUUGCACUAUAGGUGGCUACCAUGUUAGAAAGGGAACUCGACUAAUGCCAAACCUAUGGAAGAUCCACAGAGACCCUAGUGUUUGGUCAGAUCUAUUGGAGUUCAAACCAGAAAGGUUCCUUACCACUCACAAAGAGGUUGAUGUUAAGGGUCAUCAUUUUGAGUUGUUACCAUAAAGUGGCAGAAGGAUUUGUGCUGGAAUGUCCCUUGGCUUGAGUAUUGUUCAUUUCACUUUGGCCAGUUUUUUGCAUUCCUUUGAUAUCUUAAAUCCAUCUAUCGAACCUAUUGAUAUGACUGAAUCCUUUGAAUUUACCAACACCAAAGCUACCCCACUUGAGAUUAUAGUUAAACCAUGUUUGUCUCCCAACUGUUAUGAAACUAUGUGA